AUGAGUGCUCUGGAGUUAUCUGGGUGGUUUGACGCAGAUUUCUAUCGAGUUGACCUCCUACGAGCGACCCUUCACGAUCAAGCAAUUAUGCACUUGGUCGCCGCUCUUGGCGCAUCACACGAGUACCACUUACGGAGACAAGCACUACGGGAAAGCACCGAGACAGAUGGCUUGCUUACGUUCGGCUUCCGCCAAUGCAACAAUGCCAUAAAAAGCCUCAUACGACCUGCAGAGUCGAUGGACGACGUCGAGCUGCUACGGGUGCUUACAGCUUCCGUCCUGUUCGCAGCCUUUGAGAACCUUCAGGGCCAGCGUCAAGCAGCAUUGCCGCAUGUACUCCACGCCCGAAAAUUAGCAUUACAGUUGCGGAACGCACGGCAGUAUGCUAAGGUGUAUCCUACGCGUCUUGGCGCCAUCGACCCAGUCCUCUCGCAUUAUGAAAUACAGCUCGGCGACUCGACCGGUGACCCAGUGCCAUUGCCACACUUCCUCACUUCUAACCCAGCUGACGUACUUGUAUUCGAGUCUGCUGCGGCCGCUCGUAUAGCACUGGAACGGGCCAUCGCGAAUAUAAGCAACUACAUGCUGACCAACGUGCAUUACGAUGACGAAUCAGAUCAGGCAGAAGUGCUUGGUGGAACCAAGAAUGCGUAUCGAAUCUGGUUCGAACAGUGGGAAAAGGCCUUCACGGAUUUCCUGUCAAGCAGUAACAAGUACAUGACCCGCAAUGAGCUCAACGCCUGCCGUCUGCUCAAAGCUCACCACAUUUCCGGAUCCCUUCUGGUCACUGUCAAGAAUGUAAACAACGAUAGCAGCGCAUGGAGCGAGUUCACGGCUCAAUUUCGCGCUAUCGUUGAACUAGUGUCAGAGGUGAUCUCAUGUGUGCCAAAGAGACUCGUAGCAACUCGUAUGCCGCAGACAGCAUAUUUCAGUCCUGGCAUGGGCAUGACUGAGCCGCUUUACUGUGUCGCGUCUCGCUGUACGGAUGCCGGGGUCAGGGAGAAGGCGAAAGUUCUGAUGGGUAGACUGCCGCAGAACGAGGGCGUAUACUCCGCGUGGCGUGUUGGGUUCAUUGAGAGCGUUCUGUGUGCGGCUGAGGGACGACGAGGCGCGAGCGCGGCUCAGUCAAAAGAUAUGAUCGUGACAUAG